UCCCAUUUGUACCGCAGCAGUAGACCUCAAGACUUCAACUCAAGACGACUGUGUGAAUUAAGCAAUUAAGUUUAUUUAAAACUUUUGUGUGUCAUAAUCAUCUUCGUCUAUAUUAUUAGGCCCAUGUAUAAGUUUUAAAGAUGUUUUUGUUAACUGUGGGUAUAAUUAUUAUUAUUUUAUAUGCUGUGGUACAAUUGAUCAGGAUCAUCUUAGCUGACUGUGAUUUAAGUCUACAAUAUGCCCAGUAUAUGGGAACCUCGACUUAUACUGCUCUAGCACAUAAAGUUGUAUGGAUAACAGGUGCUUCUAGUGGUAUAGGAGAGUAUCUGGCCUAUGAAUUAGCUCAAGCUGGAUGUAAACUUGUUUUAUCUGCUAGAAGAGAAGAUGAAUUAAAUAGAGUUAAAAAACAGUGUUUAACCAGUGGUCCAAUAAAAGAAGAAGACAUAUUGGUUUUACCAUUAGAUUUAUUAAAGUUUGAUUCACAUAAAGAUGCUGUCGAUAAAGUUCUUCAAAAUUUCAAUAAGAUUGAUGUUUUGGUGAAUAACGCUGGUAGAAGUCAGAGAGCUGCAUGGAUUGAGACUGACAUAGAAGUUGAUAGACAGAUGUUUGAACUCAAUGUACUGGGAACGCUGUCCUUAACUAAAGCUGUAUUACCCAAGAUGGUUGAACAAAAAUCUGGACAUAUUGUUGUUAUCAGCAGUGCAGCAGGAAAACUUGGUGCUCCAAAUUCUGGUUCUUAUACAGGGUCUAAACAUGCUCUUCAUGGUUAUUUUGAGAGUUUAAGAAUAGAAUCGGCGCUGGAUAAUAUUGAGAUAACAAUGGUUUGUCCUGGUCCAGUUUUCUCCAAUAUUCUAGCUACGGCUUUUACAGAAGAGAAUGGCAAGAUGCUGCAAGGUCAGAUGCAACAAGGUGAAAAACGUAUGUCUACAUCUCGAUGUGCUGCACUAACAGCAACUGCUAUCGCUAAUAAACUUGAUGAAGUUUGGAUAUCUCCACAGCCAGUUUUGAUUUUCAUGUAUCUGUUCCAGUAUAUGCCAACAAUAGCCAGAAGAAUUGGAGUUAAAAUGGGUGUUAAAGGAAUAAAGAAGUUAAGAGAAGGUCAACAAUAAACAACACAAUGUCAAUUCUGUAAAGGACCUAAACCUUUUUUCUUUGGAAUGUUAAAAUGUGUCAAAAAGCACAUACAUAUAUUAGUAUAAUGAAUGUAUAUAAACUGAUUUACAUUCCAUUUUUAAAAUUGUAUUGUAAUUCUUUCAUCAGUUAAGUGAGAAUGCAGUCAAGAUUAAAUGGCAGUCAACUGCGCCUGGUUAGUCCAGGCUACUUUUAAAAAACAUCUGAAAAUGUGUUUGAGAUUGAGAGAAGAGAGAAAUCAGGUCAUUUUGGGAGGAAAAUGUGGUUCAUUUUUUUUUAUUUAAAUUGUUCGCUUGCAUGUAUUGGUCUUCAGCUGUGGGAGGAUACCGAAGGACUCUGAGAAAACUCAUGAGGUUGGAUAAGCGACCCUACUCCUUGUCAUGUACAAGCAGGGAUGCAUGCAUUCAGCCAUGCGGCCACCAAAUCACCUCCUGUAGGAUUAACUAUUCACAACAAAAACACAAGGUUAUAAUUGGAUAUAACUACUUUUCUGUCAUUUUAUAACGACGGUUCAUAACACAUGCAGGUCAUGUUUUUUCAUUAAUAAAAAAAUGAGCAAUUGAUCAAAUGUUUUCAAUCUGAUGAUUGCAAUCUGAUUAAAAUAAUUUUUAUACUUUCGAUGGCCUACACUACAUGAAUAUCUGAUUGUAUGUAGUGGAAGGUUCGCGUCAGAGGUCAUGUGAGUGUCUUUUGACCCUAUGACAUUAGACAUUUGAUUAACCAAUCACUGUUGAUGUGUCUAGUGGGUUACCCACAGUACCAUGCACCUCACACCAAAAACUCACCAUAACAGACCAUUUUAUUGGCUAACCCCUAACACCACCCAGAACACAUCAACCAGAAUGCGGGUUACAUAACAACUCUUCCAGAUCCUAGUGUAGUAAAGACAAGUAAACCGAAAUUUUGAACUAUAAAAAUGAAACGAAAUAGGAUCUGUGUUUUAAUCAGAUUGUAAUGAUCGUAACCUUCAAGGAAAAUUAGUUCAUCCAUGAGACCUUGAAACUCUUUUUAAAACUGAAAUUACAUGAAUAGCAAAAUGGUAAAUAAACCUGUAGGUUUGAUAUUUAUGAAUGACUGAGCUUUCUGCUUCACUGUUCAUUAAGAUUCUGUUCAUUUCAAUAUUGUUAUAUGUUAUGAUUUUUUAAUCAUAAUUAUGAAAUAAUUAUAGUGAUUAAUUACAUGUUUAUAAUUAUCUUUUAUGUUAUAUGGUUUUCGUACUUGUGGGGAAUGGGGCGGCACACUUUUAUGCAUCAAACACUUGGGUUUAAUAAAUAUUUUUAUGAAUAAUGCAGUACUCCUUUAAGAUUCUGUUUCUUUCAAUAUUGUUUUGUUAAAAAUAACUUAUAAUUUUCGAUGUUUAAAUUUAUGAUAAUGAAAUAUUUAUAUUUGUAAUCAUCAAUGAUGUUUGCCCUUUUUUUUUUAUUGAAAUCUAUGAUAAUAUUUUUGAAUUAAAACAAAAUUAUGGAGUUU